AUGGAUUUCAUUGCCGGGGCCAUUGGAGGUGGUCUGAGCACAGCAGUGGGUUACCCGUUGGACACAGUGAAGGUGAGAAUUCAGACCGAGAGGCAUUACAACGGGAUUUGGCACUGCAUUCAGGAAACAUACAGGACAGAAAAAAUUUGGGGAUUUUACAAAGGUGUGUCUGCAUCGGUCCUCUCAGUAUCGGUGAUUUCUUCUGUUUCCUUUGGCGCGUACAAGAACUUCCUUUGUACCAUCUGCAAGCUGCGAUACGGGGCCGCAGAGGCGAAGCCCUCCAAGCUGGAUGUUUCUCUUGCCGGAGGUGCUGCCGGUGCUGCCCGGGUUGUGUUGAUGACCCCUAGUGAAGUGGCUAAAGUUCGCAUGCAGACUCAGAGGAACCCGCAUCCUUCCAUCACAUCUCCCCAGCCUCUUUCCAAGCCAAAGUACCGGGGGUCUCUGCACUGUCUGAAGGUGAUCGCCAAGGAGGAAGGUCUUGGGGGUCUCUACAAGGGCUGCUCUGCAUUACUCUGCAGGGAUUGCGCUUCUUCUGCAAUAUAUUUUCUUACCUACUCUGCUCUGUGCGACUGGCUCACACCAGCUGGGAAAAAUAAACCAGGUUUCCUCGUGGUGCUGCUUUCUGGUGGUUUCGCUGGAGUCCUGGCCUGGGGAUUAGCGACUCCCAUGGAUGUCAUCAAGUCCCGGAUGCAAACAGAUGAAUCGGACCAGCACAAGUACAAAGGCCUCGUCCACUGUGCUCGGGAAAGCGUGCGGAAGGAGGGUGCAAAAGUGCUUUUCAAAGGACUGGGUUUAAACUGCCUUCGUGCCUUUCCUGUGAACAUGGUGGUGUUUGUAACCUAUGAAGCUGUCCUGAGAUUUACAGAUCAUUAUAUAAACAAAAAAUAG